UUAUAGAGAGGCCCUGGAAGUGAUAUACUACAUCACCAGAGGCCGCCAGCGGCACAUAUCCACCCCUUCACGGUGUUCGGUCCGAUGAGGUCGCCCUAGCUCCAUAAAAGUUGGCGUGAUGAGAAAGACUGUCUUAUGAACUGCUGGCAAACAUAUGUCUGGUACUUUUAAAGUUGAAGGACUGGGAUUAACUCAUCGAAUGGGGUAUGCAGACUAUCUCACCCCUUAGAAGUGGAUGGCGAGGUCGGCCACCGCCGCCAGAGGUUGAAGCUUGUGACGGGAUCCCCGGUGCCAAAUCGACUGGGAAGAUCUACUACCGUACUCCGCUGGGUUACAAGGCACUUGGGAACGUGGUCGACGUUGUUAGUCUACUAAAAGUCGCGUAGGUAUAUCUACCACGUAAUAGCUCUAUUG